GUCGCAGUGUGGGCAACAUGGAGAAGAAACACAUGUCUGCAUUUGAGCUGUAUAAAGCUCUGCAGCCAGAUCUUCCCCCUCCGGCUAAGAAAUCCUUUCAGCAGGUAAAGGUGGAAGCAAAGAAGAAAAAGAAAAAAGUAAAUGGGUCUGCAGUUACUAAUGUCAAAAAGUCAAAGACAAAUAAGAAGAAAAUACGAAAUAAGCUUUUGAAGGCAGCAAAUAAAGAGGAGGGAAAGCCAGCUGGAUCAAAUAAACCUCAGGAGGUGGAGGAUGGGGAUAAAGUAACAGGAGAGUCUCUGGAUGCUUUGCUGGCUGAGCUGACCAGAGUCAACAACAGCAGAGAGAGAGCCAGCUUGUUAUUCCAAUGGCUGAUCAGGCCUGUUCCUGCCAAGGCCUUCUUCAGUGAAACAUGGGAGAAGAAGCCUGUCUUUGUCCCACGCAAGAAUCCAGAUUACUAUAAGGGACUGUUUUCUACAGCUGAGUUUGACCGUAUAUUGAGAGAGGAGAAUGUUCAGUAUGGCGUGAACCUGGAUAUCACCAGCUAUGUUAACGGCAAGAGGGAAACACACAACCCACCAGGGAGAGCUCUGCCAUUCACAGUGUGGGACUUUUAUGAGAGUGGCUGCUCUGUCCGCCUGCUGAAUCCUCAGGCUUUCUGCUCCACUGUGUGGAAUGUGCUGUCCAUCCUCCAGGAGCAGUUUGGUAGCAUGGCAGGAGCCAAUGUAUAUCUGACGCCGCCUGGAACCCAAGGCUUCGCUCCACAUUAUGACGACAUUGAAGCUUUUGUGGUUCAGCUGGAAGGGAAGAAGCACUGGCGAGUGUACAAUCCGAGGUCAGAAGAGGAAGUCCUGCCUGUGCUUUCAAGUCCAAACUUCGACCAGGCAGAGAUCGGGAAGCCCAUCUUGGACGUGGUGCUGGAAGCAGGUGAUCUCCUCUACUUUCCUCGAGGAUUCAUCCAUCAGGGCAACUGCUUACCCGAUGCACACUCUCUCCACAUCACAAUCUCUUCUUACCAGAAAAACAGCUGGGGGGACCUGCUGCAGAAGGUCAUUCCUGCAGCAUUAGGGGUGGCGAUGGAGGAAGAUGUGGCGUUUAGACGAGGUUUACCUUUGGACUACCUGACCUACAUGGGAGUGCAAAAUUCAGACAAGGAGGAUCCACGGAGGGCAAAAUUCUUGUCCCGGAUUGAAAGUUUGAUGAAAAAACUGCCAAAUUAUGCCCCAGUGGAUGCUGCCGUCGACCAGAAGGCCAAAGAAGUCCUCCAUGAUUGUUUGCCUCCUGUCCUGACUCCAAAUGAGCUGGCAACCAGUGUGCAAGGAGCAGCAACCAGAUGGGCAGACGGUACAGUGAAGGAUGUGGGUGUCCUUAUUACUACCAAGACCCAAAUAAAAAUUAUCCGUGCAAUGUGUGCAAGACUAUGCAGUGACGGAGAUGCCGUGCACAUUUGCUACACCACAGAUAACUCCAGAGUUUACCACAAAGAGGAGCUCCAGAGCUUUGAAAUACAAACAGAGCACACAGAUGCCGUAGAGUUUCUGAUUCACUCCUACCCCAAAUUUGUGACCGUGGAAAGUUUGCCGUGUGAUUCUGUUCAGGACAAGAUUGCUUUGGCAGAACUCCUUUUUGAGAAGGGGAUCAUCCACACUGCUGAACCUCUUAAAUCACCACCAACUGUUCAUUCACACUGACCACAUAAAAAUAAAUGUUGUUCUGAACAAGAUCUCCAGC